AUGAGCAAGCCAAAGACAGCAGUUCCAAGUCUCUCUCCAAGUAAGGAGAUUAUGGAAUUGAAAUCACUAAAGCGCCAGCGAACUGUUGCGAAAAAUAGUAUAGUGCGCAUAAAAACGGGUCUCCUCGAUAAAACAAUGUCGUUAGAUCCAAUUGAAUUGGAGUGUCGACUGGACAUUUUGAACUCUCAUAGCGAUAAGCUUAUGAAGUGUCAAUCGAAAAUUGAAGAAAUCGACGAGGAAGACAUAGCCCGUGGGGAGUUAGAGGACCUAAUAGUGGAAACUAAGUCCGUUAUAAAAUCUAUUCUGGCGAGAAAUAAAUCGUCAAUAGCCGAAACAUCCUUUGUUGCACCUCACAGCUCGCGACUACCGAAAAUGUCGCUACCGAAAUUUAAAGGGGAAUAUUCAGAAUUUAAAAAUUUUAUGAGUCUGUUCGAGAGUUUGGUGCACAACGAUCCUACAAUCCCAGACAUUGAGAAAUUCAAUCACUUGGUUAACUGUCUGUCUGGUGAAGCUUUGGGAACGGUAAAGGCCUUCCAAAUGUCGGACGAAAAUUAUUCGAAGGCGUUGGCUAGUCUCAAAAAGCCAUCUGCGCUUUCAUUGCGCACAAUGAUUGAUACAGUGUCGGCUGUUUACGACUCGUUGCUGUCGUUAGGUGACGAGAAAAACAUCGCAAACGCUAUCAUAAUUCAUCUGGUAAUGGCAAAAGUUGACACCGUUACUCGGUCAAAGUGGGAGGAACAGUUGGAUUAUGAUAAGCUGCCAUUAUGGCGUGAGUGUGAGGCAGCAUUAAAUAAACGCUACCAACAUUUAUCUGCCGAUGAAGCCUCAACGUCGAGGCUCAAGCCGUCAAGCAGUCACAGCAUUCAGAAACCCCACCUUCAUGCGGGAAGGACGAAAGCUGCCUUAGUAACUUCAAAUAUAAAACAGCCGGUGUGUCCGCACUGUAAAUCAAAUGAUCAUAGUAUACCCGCGUGUCCUACUUUUAAAACUCUCUCUGCUCAGCAGCGAUUUGAGUUUGCUAAAUCAGUCCCCUUAUGCAUAAAUUGUUUGCGAAAGGGGCACUCAGUUUCAAAGUGCAAAGCGGAUCGGUGUCGUGUUUGCAACCGUUCGCAUCACACGUUGCUGCACCAGUACCCUGUAUCCUUUGCAACUGCACCACAACUUUCGACCUCGCAUGCCAUGCACACGACGAGUACACCAGAUCGGGUUAUGUUGGCUACAGCCGUAGUCAACGUAAAAGGUAGCUCCGGAGAGUACCUUCCUGCACGAGCCUUGCUGGAUUCUGGAUCUCAGGUGAAUUUCAUGACAGAGGAUUUGGCGCAGAAAUUACGAAUUCGUCGCGAAAGUACGACCUUAAAUAUUAUCGGCAUCGGAAAUGCAACCAAAAAAGUAAGGACGAAAUUAAAUACGUUUGUAAAAUCGCGGGUCAAUAAUUAUGAGUUUUCGGCACAGUUUUGGAUAAUGCGAUCCAUUUCAGCCAGCCAUCCAGAUCGUAACGUAAAUAUUAAUGGCUGGAAAAUUCCUAAAAACAUUAGCUUAGCGGACCCAGAAUUUUAUAAGGCUCAAAAGGUAGAUCUUUUGUUAGGUGCUGAAACAUUUUUCGAGCUUUUAGCUGUAGGCCAGAUCAAGGCCAGCCCCAAUCACCCAACAUUGCAAAAGACACUUUUAGGCUGGGUUGUGUCUGGCAAAUACGCCUCCAACCAACGUCCUCCUCCCACAGUCAGUAGCACAUUAUGCCAUACUGAACAAGAUCUAGCAAAUAUAGAUUCCAUUGUCCAAAGGUUCUGGGCGAUGGAAGAAAUACCUUCAGGGGCUAGUUCGACAAAAUUCACACCUGAACAAAUAGAGUGUGAAAAAUUUUUCGUAAAAACUACUAAAGUUUUGCCUUCAGGAAGGCUUCAAGUAAGACUGCCUUUCAAAGAUGACCGUAAGUUACUCGGUAAUUCCUAUGAAACCGCGUCUCGGCGGUUUCAGGCCCUGGAGAGAAAGACCUUGAAAGAUCCAGAACUUCGUCAAAUGUAUCUGGACUUCAUGAAUGAAUACAUCGAAUUGGGUCACAUGAGCCCAACAAAUAAUAAGAUCCCGAGUGAGCCACACUACUUCAUUCCGCAUCAAUGCGUUCUUCGGCCUGAAAGUACGACGACUAAAUUACGUGUUGUUUUCGACGCAUCAAGUCGUACCUCUUCUCAAAUUGCGUUGAAUGAAAUCUUGAUGGUUGGGCCGACCAUUCAAGAAGAGCUGUAUUCAACACUUCUUCGUUUUCGUUUGCAUAAAUAUGCAUUUACGGCGGACAUUACUAAAAUGUACCGCCAAAUUCUCAUGCACGAAGAAGACAAAAAUCCAUUGGUUGCCGAAGGAAGAUUUGUUUCGGUUUGUCUUAAAUGA